CCAAAAGCGGUAACCCCGAGCUACACUCGGGCUUACCAUGCAGCGUUGCUCAGGGAGUCCCUGCAGCACUUAUCUUGUCCUUCGCUCCCACGAUGUGUCCCCUGCAGCGUCCCCGGCCAUCUCCUCCGGCCAAUGCCGGCAUCCGGCUUCCGUGUUCCGGUCCCUGUGACGUCGGGACGUACGGGCGCCGGAACCGGUGGCAAAUUUGAAAUUUUAAAAAAAUGUCAUUUAUUUUGUCCCUACUGCUUUGUCCUGUGCCCUGCCUGCAUUUUGACUGUUCUUUCU